GUUUCUCAAUGGCAUGAAGAACAGGUCAUUGAACGUAGAGGUGCACACAGAGCGGUUGCAUAAAACAAUGCAAGUGUUAGAGGAGCGUUACCGAAACACGGGCAAGGAGCCAAUACACACACAACUCCUCAAGAUAGCGAGAUACAUGGUACUCAUGUACUAUGGACAGCAAGAGAAGGUAAACGCAAUCAUUAAAUCAGACAAACUGCCUGAUGGAAGUGGUGAUCGCUUAGAAAAUAUGAAACAUAAUGUGUUAUACUCUCCUACCGAAGCAACCAUAAGAGCAGCAGCCAAAGUACAAGAAAAUCGUUUGCACAGAUUGCGUAAUAUAUACAAAUCGAACGUGGCUACUCACAGCUUAACACAGAACACUACAACCACUGUUGCCAAACGUCAUAAACCAGACAAUGGCGCACUAAGACAGACGAAACCAACAGGACAGCCCCAAGAAAAGAAAGAGGCACGCGAAAAAACGUGCACGUCCUUAUUGUAAAGCCUGUGUCCUAUGAAGGCAUCGAAUCAGAACAAGAAGGCGGAGGAGCGUGCCAAGAACGAUAUGCAACUAGCUAGACUGUCUCUCACCUCCGAAAAGGUAGAGGAUAUAACAUAUAGCGAUAGUUCUGAAAAAGCUAUUGGGCGGAAGCAAACAUGAUUGACCUGGCUGACAGGCUAAAUAUAAAUGUAGAUGACGAAACGUUGCUAACAAACAGAAAUGAUGUAAAUUAUCAACCUUUAUU